AUGCUUGUCAAAGACUGCAACAAACUGGUGGAGCAAAUUAAAGCGCGAAUUCAGAACUGGAAGCAUAGAGCUCUGUCAUUUGCUGGUAGACUUCAACUAAUAAAUUAUGUGCUCCAAUCCCUGCAGGUUUACUGGUGCUCGGUUGUUCUCCUUCCCAAAACAACUAUCAAAGACUUAGAAAAAGUCUUUAAGGGUUUCUUAUGGAAUGGUGGCGACUUAAAGAAAGGAAGCGCUAAGAUUGCGUGGAAAAUGGUGUGUCGACCUAAAGAAGAAGGAGGAUUGGGAAUACGUAACUUACAGACUUGGAAUGAAGCUCUUCUCUCCCGUCAAAUUUGGAGACUUUUUACUGCAACAAGCUCUCUAUGGGUUGAUUGGGUUAAAAUCCAUCAUCUUAGAAAACAAACCUUUUGGGAGGUUAAAAGCAAGGAUCUUGAAGGCUGUUCGUGGUCUAAUAUGCUCUCUUUGCGAGACAAAAUAUGGAAACAUAUAUGGAGAGUACAUGGGGAUGGAAUGAGCAUAAAUCUAUGGUAUGACAAUUGGCAUGCAGGUGGCCCAUUGAUCAAUAUCAUAACGGAAGAUGAAAGGAAUCUUCAUGGGCUACCCAACGACCUCACGGUGCACCAGUUUUGUAGUAAUCAUACCUCGGGGUGGCCUUGGGAAUGGGGAGAUCGGUUCCCUAAUAUCCAACUCCAGGGUCUCCCUAAUCUCGAAAUAAAUAAAGAUGAUGGGAUUUAUUGGCGGGACUUGGAAGGAAAGAGUGUUGAGUUUUCCCCUACUCAAGUGUGGAAGGAUAUCAGGAUAGCCAGCCCGGUCGUUCCUUGGUAUAAGGUGGUUUGGUUUAAGCUCAACAUUCCAAGCCAUGCUUUCAUUCUUUGGCUUGCCAUUCAUGAUAGAUUGAUGACACAGGAACGAAUGCAAAUAUGGCAAAACUCGGCGAACCUCAAGUGUAUGCUUUGUAAGAUGGUGUCUGACUCGACGACCCACUUAUUCUUUGAAUGUCAGUAUUCGCAUGGGGUUUGGACUAAAGUGUGUGAUAUGUGUAAUAUCCAAUUCCCGGAUUUCAGGUUGAAAAAAAUAAUCGAGUACCAAAUUCCCCGCCUUCAAAGCAAUCACAUACAAACAGAAAUUGAGAAACUUGCUUUGGCUGCCACGAUCUAUUUGAUUUGGAGAGAAAGGAACUCUCGUCAUCACAAUGGAAGCACUGCUUCCCAAGCAAAACUAGUGAAUCAAGUUCUUAACUCUCUGAAAACUCGGUUUUGA